AUGGAUUCGUAUUUAAAAACGCAGAUUUUAAUUGUGUCCUGUGUCAACAUCGGCCAGUUCAUAGACGGGUACAGCGUCGGCUGGUCGGCGCCCAUCAUACCGAAGUUGCAGGAUCCUGAACAGACGCCUCUGCCGGAGCUGAUAACAGAACUCCAGGUCUCCUGGAUUGGUUCGCUUCUUUACGUGGGCGCUAUAGUUGGUCCGUAUAUACCGAGCUACCUGUCGAACAUAGUAGGCAGAAAGCCAUGCCUGUUUUUGGGAGGCCUUUUGAAUCUGACUGCGAUCAUACUUAUCGUGACGACAAGGAAUGUUGCGAUGGUGUACGCUAUCAGGAUCAUAAGCGGCUUGGGAAUGGGAAUGGUCACCGUCAGCAAUCUCGUGUACGUCGGUGAAAUUGCAUCUACAAACAUCCGUGGUAUUCUGCUGACCUCCACGUCGAUAAUCGGCAUUUUAGGGACCCUCGCGGCGUACAGCAUCGGCCCAUUUGUGUCCUACGCCGCCACUGGUUACAUUGCCCUAGUCAUAAACCUUAUUCACGUAGUUGGUAUACUAUUCAUACCAGAGUCACCAGUUUAUUACGCAAUAAAAGGCAAGCAGACCGAGGCGAAGGAAACCCUGCGGUUCCUGGGCCGCGUCGAUGACUUGGACAACGUAUUCGAGUCAGUCUGGGGGACGAACCCUGACGAAGGCCACAGCUGGAAGGCAUGGAUCAAGAUCUUCACGGUGAAGGCCAACAGGUGGUCUCUUUUCAUCACGCUGAGCCUUUGCACGCUGCAGCAGUUAAGUGGUGUGGCCGCUGUUCUCUUUUUUGCCACCACUAUCUUCCAAACUGCUGGUUCCUCAAUAAGGCCGGACCUGGCAACUAUAAUAAUCGGCGUGACAAGAUUGGUAGCGAGCCUGAUAGCUCCGACAGUGGUGGAGAGGGCUGGUCGCAGGAUAUUGCUUCUCGUCUCCACAGCUUUCUGUGCCCUCAGUCUCUCGAUACUCGGAACUUUUUUCUACCUGUCCCGAGUGAAGAGUCCUGUCGUUGCAGAAAUCGGCUGGCUGCCGCUUAUGGCACUCAUCAUGUAUUUCUUUUCAUAUGAAAUCGGUUUUGGUACGAUGCCCAGCGCGUUGGUAGGCGAGAUGUUCCGCGGAAACGCGCGCAGCACUGGCUCGGCGGUUGCCAUGACGACGGCCUGGCUCAUCGGCUUCGGCGUUGCGACCGGUUUCGGCUCGAUGGUCCGUGUGUUCGGCGGUGACGUCACCUUCUGGAUGUUCGCCUUCUCCUGUAUCGUCGCUUUCGUGUUCACGCUGAAGUUCGUUCCCGAGACGAAGGGGAAGACCCUGAACGAAAUCCAAGAGAUUUUGGGAAGUCAA